AUGGGAUAACUAAGCCUCUUAAGCCUCUUAAAAAAAUAACAUUAAGAGUAAAAGUUUCAAGAGCUAGAUUAAUAAUAAUUAGAAUAAGAGUCAAAUGAAAAAAUUUAGAUUAAAUUACUUGAUUUUAUCAACCUUCAUUAAAACUUAUCAAUUAAAGAUGUUUAUGAAAUACUCCCAUCGAAAUUAGGAAUAGGUAAAAGUGAUUUUAAUUAAAGGAUCUUAAUCAGUCGUUAAGAUUGGGUUGCACAAAGUUCUAGGUAUAACACGGGCAAUAAAAAUAAUUGAUAAAUCGACAGUUUUAAUAGGGGAUAUAUCUACAGUCUUACAUGAAGCAGAAAUACUUAAAUAGUUGGUAUGA